UCGACUAUUAAGGACUUAAUUUAAUGUCCUAAAAAGUAGUCCGUAGUCUAGUUUUCUUGGUAUUUUCCCCAGGCCAUCUAUAUUCUAUACCACAUUGGCACAUUCUAAUCAAUAUAUAUAGUCAAACUAGUUAUUAAUCAAAUUAAGUCGAUAAAUAUUAGCUCACAAGGGAAGGGAAACAUCUUCUAAGUUCUAAGCUAAAAUUAACAAGCACAAGAAUGGAGCCACCAUUGGCAAACAUGGUGGGCUUUCAGUCCCAACCUAGCGCAAACUAUGCGGAAUCAGUGGAAUCCUCUCCUAAGUCGUCCACCCAACAAGCAGAUUGGGAUGAGCCGCUACCACCAGUACCCGGGGCGAAACUUCGACUAAUGUGCAGCUAUGGAGGCCACAUUAUCCCCCGCCCACACGAUAAGAAUCUAUUUUACGUAGGAGGAGAGACUCGAAUCGUAGUAGCCGAAAGAAACUCAUCCCUCUCUGAUCUUACGAGUCGUCUUUCUCAUACUCUACUCGACGGUAGAAAGUUCACCCUAAAGUAUCAACUCCCGAAUGAGGAGUUAGAUUCAUUGAUUUCUGUAAGCAGUGAUGAAGAUCUGGAUAACAUGGUGGAAGAGUAUGAUCGUAUUGCUGCUAAUAAUGAUUCAUUUUUGAAGCCGGCUUCAAGCAGGGUUCGUUUGUUCUUGUUUUUGGCUAAGCCGGAAACGGCUCAGACCAUGGGAGCCUUGAUGGAUGAAGCGCAGUCUGAAACUUGGUUUGUGGAUGCUCUCAAUGGAGCUGAUUUGUUGUCUAGAGGGUUAUCUGAUUCAGCUGCCGCUGUUGGUGAUUUGUUAAGACUUGAUAGUGAUCCUGGUAUGCAACAACUUCCACCUGGGUGCACUCAUAUUCCUGCACAACCAAAAGUCUUUGCCCAAGAUGUACACUCCAUACAAUCUGUAAUGUCAGACUCGCCAAUGGUUGAGAACACAUCAUCCUUCGACUCAUCAACCUCAUCUCCAUCCAUGGCUCACUUGCCUCCGAUUCGUGUCCGAAUAGAAGAGAUGAGCGAUGGAAAUACUAGGUUGCAGGAAGAAAUGAAGGGAAGAGGAGCAUUAGAAGAUCACUUUUCAUCACAACUCAGAGUUACUCCACCUCCAAUUCCUACUUCAGCACCAACUUAUGCUGCAGUUGUUAAUCCUAUAAUAAUGAAUAACAACGACGAGAGGUUGUCGGAUCACGGGGCGUCAAGGAAGCCACCACUGCCUCUUCCAAUGCCACAGAGAAUGAGUGACGGUUUCAAUUUGCUAUCCCCAAAUGACUCAAAGUAUGCUGCUGCUGGCUUUAACCUGCCAUCCCCUGAUUCUGUUAACAGACCGUUCCAUCAUGAUCUAGCUCAAGUUACCAGCUCCAACGAGACCAAACCUCCAACUAAUAACCAAGAACAAAGAUCAGACAACCGCACUCCCUCACCUCAAAAUCAAAACCAUCAACUUCAACAACCACAAGACCCUACCAAUCAAUACAUGUAUCCUCCACAACAACAUGAUCAACAGCAACAGCAACAACAACAGCAACAACAACUGCAACAGCAACAGCAACAGCAACAGCAACAGCAACAGCAACAGCAACACCAGUUCAUCCAAGAAAACAUGCAUUACAUCCCACAACUGCCACCAUCAUAUCGGCCAGUCUACGCGCCACAACAACCAAUCCACCCUCAACUAGAUCAUCAGCAAUACCCAAUGUAUUAUCUACCUGUCAACCAAACUCAGCCUUACAAUGUUGCUCAACCGCGGGCAAUGGUUCAGCCUUCGUCAGUGGCUCAUGCUCAACCACCUGUCUACGCCACCAGAGCGGCUGUUGCACAAACAAAUAACCAGUUUCAACAAUACCUUGGUUACAAUGCAGUUGUUCAGCCAAUCAACGGGGGUCCGGGGAAUUAUGGCCAUUACGAUUACGCUCAUAAUCAGGUAUAUUAUACAGGACAACUUGCUGCUGCUGCUGCACCGGUGAAUACUUCUCAAUAUCAAAGCAUAACACCCGCUCAAGCGGCUAUGAUUGCUGAAGCUUCUUUGCAGUUACCUAAAACAGCUGACUGUGCUAAGCAACCCCCAACAUCAUAAUGUAUUUUUCCAAUUCUGCUAUAUUUGUAGGAUAAUAUGUCACAAUAUAAUCAACUAUAUGUAAUGCCCUAAUAUAUCUUGUAUUCUUUUUUUUUUUUGAAGGUAAUGUGUCUUGUAUUCUAAGAACAAAUAAUUAUUUCAGUUUAUAUGAUUAGCAUCUUA